CAUUUAUUGGCUUUUCAGUGACCAAGGCAGCUUGGGCCCGAUUAGCGGACCCCAACAGUGGCUGGAAUGGUUGGAGCAGGUGGUGGUGUUACAGGAAGUGGCUGGCCACACCUAUGAGUCAAGGGGGCGGGGCAAUGUAUUUCUGAGAGCUGCUCCCACAUUAGGGAGGACCAGCACUGAAGGUGAAUGUUUGCUGGCGGCCUUGCAUAGAGUCACAUUUAAACUGCAUGAUUGACCAUGAAUGCUAGUGGCCCAGGAUAUCCGCUAGCCUCCCUCUAUGUGGGCGACUUGCACCCGGAUGUAACGGAAGCCAUGUUGUACGAGAAAUUCUCGCCUGCUGGACCAAUUCUGUCCAUCAGAGUUUGCCGAGAUGUCUCCACACGCCGAUCACUAGGUUAUGCGUACAUAAAUUUUCAACAGCCUGCUGAUGCUGAGCGGGCCUUGGAUACCAUGAAUUUUGAAGUGAUAAAAGGCCGACCCAUUCGCAUCAUGUGGUCCCAACGGGACCCAGGACUCAGGAAAUCAGGCGUUGGGAACAUCUUCAUCAAGAACCUGGACGAUUCCAUUGAUAACAAAGCUUUGUAUGAUACAUUCUCAGCCUUUGGAAAUAUCCUUUCUUGCAAGGUUGUUUGUGAUGAGAACGGAUCCCGGGGUUACGGCUUUGUCCAUUUUGAGACCCACGAGGCAGCAAACAGAGCAAUUGGCACGAUGAAUGGAAUGCUCCUCAAUGACCGUAAGGUGUUCGUUGGCCAUUUUAAAUCUCGGCGAGAGCGGGAAGCAGAAUAUGGCGCCAAAGCAAUGGAAUUCACCAAUGUCUACAUCAAGAACUUUGGGGAUGACAUGCAUGAUGAGCGACUACAGGAAAUAUUCUCAAAAUUUGGAAAGACGCUGAGUGUCAAGGUGAUGAUGGAUAAUGCAGGCCAUUCGAAAGGGUUUGGGUUUGUGAACUUUGAGAAGCAUGAAGAUGCUCAGAAGGCUGUUGAAGACAUGAAUGGGACGGAGAUCAAUGGGCGAAUGGUGUAUGUCGGCCGAGCUCAGAAGAGGAUGGAACGUCAGAGUGAACUGAAGCGCAAAUUUGAGCAGAUCAAGCAGGAGAGAGUAAACAGAUACCAGGGUGUGAACUUGUAUGUAAAGAAUCUGGAUGAUGGGAUUGAUGAUGAACGGUUGAGGAAGGAAUUCUCUCCUUAUGGAACUAUUACUAGUGCCAAGGUGAUGACAGAGGGUGGACACAGCAAAGGUUUUGGGUUUGUAUGUUUUUCAUCCCCAGAAGAGGCUACAAAGGCUGUGACUGAAAUGAACGGGAGGAUUGUCAGUGCCAAGCCUUUGUAUGUUGCCCUGGCUCAAAGGAAAGAGGAGAGGAAAGCCAUUCUCACCAACCAAUACAUGCAGAGACUAGCUACCAUGAGGGCCUUGCCUGGUCCAAUCCUCUGCUCCUUCCCUCCAGCAGGUUAUUACCUGCCCUCCCUUCCACAGCCUCAAACCAGAACUACUUUCUACAGUCCUAGCCCUGUUGCCCAAGUCCGCCCUGUCUCCCGUUGGAACAUGCAGCCCUCCAGGCCUCCCUCAUCCUAUCAUGCAGCCAGCCCCAUCCUGAGGACUAGUGCACCUCCCAGGCGCCCACUGUCCAACAUCAGCACCAUGAGACAAGCAUCCACUCAGGCUCCCAGGGUAUCUCCCAAUGCCCAGAGAAUGGCCAACAUAGGAACCCAGACCAUCAGCACUCGGGCAUCCUCCUCAACAGCCCUACCACGUGGCAUUUCCCAGUACAAGUACUCUUCAGGCGUGAGGAAUGUCCAGCCACUGGGCACCAUGGCACCUUUGCCAAUGCAUCAGGUUGUAGAACCGGCUGUCCGUGUCCACGGACAGGAGCCUCUGACAACAUCCAUGUUGGCUGCAGCCCCUCCUCAGGAGCAGAAGCAAAUGCUUGGUGAACGCCUCUAUCCUCUGAUUCACUCAUUACACCCCUCCAUGGCUGGGAAGAUCACAGGUAUGCUGCUGGAGAUAGAUAACUCUGAGUUGCUGCUGAUGCUGGAGUCACCUGAAUCCCUCCACUCUAAGAUUGAGGAAGCUGUUGCUGUACUGCAAGUGCACCAAAUCUCUGAAGCAUCCCACAAGAGCAACUCGGCAGCAUUUCUUCAGUGACCAAGGAUCCGAUUGGUACUGAUCAAAUGACUACUUCUACUUUGCCUGUUGCUGCAACCGUCACGUCUACAUUGCUUGUGCAGCAGCCUUCCUUGUUACCAUAAAUUUGCUGCAUGUGGUCUGGAUCUCACUCAGACUCAGUGCCCAGCCGUGGUCCCGAACUACUGUAGGCACAACUAGUGGAUUAUCAAUGGGCAAAUUGAGUUCCUCUUCCCAUUACACUCAGGAUGGCUAUAUGCAACUUAUCUGUGCAUUCUAAUUUAGAGUUUCUCCAUUUAACAUAUGCGUUUGCAGUCCCAUGGCACAGGUGGUUACUAUAUAUUCUGUCCAACUAUUUAUUUUUUGGUGGGGGGAGGUAUAUGUAUAUAAAUAUUCCUGCAAAAAUCUAGCCUUUUUUAAUCACUUUCUUUUGUGCACUUAAGAGUCAUUGCAGCUUCUUUUCCCACUAACAUUGUACUCACACUUUAAAGUAUUUUCACAGGUGCUUUUCUAGUAACUGCUGGUAUGGGAAUGAUAUGUUGUGAGAAUGAUGUGGAACAAACUGGUUCCCACAUUGUGUUCAAUUUAUCGAAGCUGGUCAUUUUUUAAGUAGCCUUAAACUUCAACCACCACUGGGGCCUGUGGCACUAUUUUAGCUGCUGCUGUUGACAUGAUGAUAAAGGAAGUGAAACUUCCUUUAUCAUCAUCAAGCCUUGUGUCAGUGUUCACUGUCUAACAUGGCACUA